AUGGCAACGUCCGGCAUGCAGUCGCUCCACGACAUGGCAGAAACAAGUCCUAAGCUGGUCAACAGGCUUCAGAACAGCAGGUCUCCCUAUGUGAGGGGGCACAUGAAUAACCCGGUGGCAUGGCAGCUGUGGGAUGCGGAAGCGAUUAAUCUUGCGAAAAAAAACAACCGCUUGAUAUUCCUGAGCAUUGGAUACUCGGCUUGUCACUGGUGUCAUGUCAUGGAGAAGGAGUCCUUCAUGUCCUCGGAGGUGGCUGCUAUAUUAAACGAGUCAUUCGUUCCCAUCAAAGUCGACCGUGAAGAGCGACCGGAUAUUGACGAUAUAUACAUGAACUACGUCCAGGCUACCACAGGCUCCGGUGGUUGGCCUCUAAACGUCUUUCUCACCCCAGACCUGGAGCCUGUCUUUGGAGGCACUUACUGGUCUGGUCCGAACUCAACUACUAUGCAAGGCCCAGAAACUAUUGGAUUUGUCGAAAUUUUGGAAAAGCUGCGAGACGUCUGGGCGACACAGCAGCAGCGUUGCCUGGAGAGCGCAAAGGACAUUACAGCACAGUUGCGAGAGUUUGCCGAGGAAGGCACUCAUUCUACGCAUACGGAUCGGGAAACAGACGAAGACCUCGACCUGGAGCUUCUGGAAGAGGCUUAUCAGCAUUUUGCCUCUCGAUACGACUCCAUCAACGGAGGGUUCGGUCGAGCACCCAAAUUCCCCACGCCAGCCAACCUUAGCUUCCUUCUGCGGCUGGGCACAUACCCCAGUCAGGUUAUAGAUAUGGUAGGGCAAGAUGAGUGUGAGAAGGCGACAGCUAUGGCCGUCACGACGCUGGUGAACAUGGCUCGCGGUGGUAUUCGGGAUCACAUUGGCCAUGGCUUCUCUCGGUAUAGUGUCACAACCAAUUGGAGCCUCCCUCAUUUUGAGAAGAUGCUGUAUGACCAAGCGCAGCUGCUGGAUGUCUAUGUGGAUGCGUUUCGAUUGACCACCGACCCUGAAUUGCUUGGUACUGUAUAUGACCUUGCCACUUACUUGACGACUGCUCCAUUGCAAUCACCCACCGGCGGCUUCUUUUCUUCUGAGGAUGCCGAUAGCUUCCCCAAUCCGAAUGAUACCGAGAAGCGAGAAGGUGCCUUUUACGUUUGGUCCUUGAAGGAACUCACUCAGGUGCUUGGUACCCGGGAUGCUCCGGUGUGCGCUCGUCACUGGGGUGUGCUUCCAGACGGAAACGUUGCAGCCGAGUACGAUCCUCACGAUGAGUUCAUGAACCAGAAUGUGUUGCAAGUCCGAGCCACGCCGAGCAAGCUUGCUAAAGACUUUGGACUGAGUGAGGAAGAAGUGGUGAGAAUAAUCAAGGGUGGAAAGCAAAAGCUGCGUGACUACCGCGAGAAAACCCGGGGUCGACCUGACCUGGAUGAUAAGAUUAUCGUGGGCUGGAAUGGACUGGCGAUUGGUGCACUGGCAAAGUGCAGUGUCUUGUUCGAGGAGAUCGAGAGCUCAAAGGCGAUUCAGUGCCAUGAUGCCGCAGCCCGGGCGAUCCACUUCAUUAAGGAGAAUCUUUUUGACAAGGCAACUGGGAAGUUGUGGCGCAUCUACCGCGAUGGCAGUCGUGGAGAUACUCCAGGUUUUGCUGACGACUAUGCAUACUUGAUCAGUGGCUUACUGGACAUGUACGAAGCUACCUUUGAUGAUAGCUUUCUGCAAUUUGCGGAACGACUGCAGAAGUAUCUGAACGAUAACUUCCUUGCUUUGAAUGGUUCGACGCCGGCUGGUUAUUAUAAUACGCCAUCCGCCAUGACUCCUGGCAUGCCCGGCCCGCUCCUUCGGUUGAAGACAGGUACUGAAUCUGCCACACCCUCUGUCAAUGCCGUCAUUUCGCGGAACCUGUUGCGAUUGGCAGCUCUCCUUGACGACCCUGAGUAUCGGACUCUGGCACGACAAACAUUGAAUUCAUUUGCAGUCGAGAUUAUGCAACACCCCUUCCUGUUUGUUGGGAUGUUAGACGUUAUCGUGGGGUUACAAACUGGUACGCGUGCUAUCACUGGAGUCUUUGCUACAGUCGAAAUCCCCUCACCGCCGGGUUCGCGUGAAAAAAGCCAAAAUGAUCCGCCCGGGGCGGCAUACGAUCUGCUUAAGAAAAAGCUCCGAAAGGAGACUGGUAGCCGCGUAUCGUCCACGGUCGCAGUAGCCUCACUGGUAGACAUCCGGCCCUCGCACCUUAAGGAUUUUGUGGGUAAUCAAUCCUUCUGGUUGAAAUCGCGCAACCCCUUGUACAAAGACUUGAAGGCUGCCGACCCAGCGAAGAACUAUCUGCUAGCGUGCGAAGCCGGGUCAUGCCGAAAAGUGGAUCUUUGA